UUUUAAUGGCAGUCACUGGCGCACAAGAAUCGAGUCGGUAGAGUCUGCAACAAACAAACAUAAAUUAAAACAACUAAUCUUCGUCAACAAAUACUAAUCCAGACCUUCAAGUUUGUGGGAGUUGCAGGAUUAUACAAACUGGCCAUUUCUUCGCUCGCAGGACUGAGUUUAACGGUUGUUUUGUAAGGCUGAAUCGAGGUCGGAGGCCUAACGUUAGCCGGGAGUCAGUGGGGAGAAGCGGCUUCAUCGGAGUUGAUAUUGGGAAUAUGUAACAGACGUCAACAUGACAUCCAGAUUUGGUAAAACAUACAGUCGAAAGGGCGGAGAAGCCAACUCCAAGUUUGAUGAGGUCUUUUCAAAUAAGAAGGCCACUCUGAGCACAAAAUGGGGAGAGACCACUUAUAAGGCCCAGCUGGCCUCCAAAAGGCCCCUAAUCAAACAACCAGAUCUGCCAGAAAUUUCCAAGAGACCCAGGUUAGAAGAGGACGAUGGUUCUGAUGACCCUUUUGGGUUUGACAGUGAUGAUGAGUCAAAAGCAGUCACCUCCGUAGGCACACCUCAGCCAGGCAAUGAAUCUGGACAGGACCAGGUUGCUAUGGUCACAGAAAAGCCUCAGGCGAAGAGUUCAUUCACAAGGAGCUCGCCAUCAACAGACUCAGACAGCUCCAAAGCAGACAAGCCGCUGCAGACAACAGUAAACAUAAGCUCCUGGUCCAAAAGCGCAAAGCCUGCCUCUCCGUUCACCUCCCUGAAGCCUCUGCCCAAGGACCCCUCAGACGGAUGGAACUCGGAGGGCAGCCAGCGAUCGUCGUCCCCGGGGGAGGACUCGCUGCAGGGCCGCGACGACAGCGGGGAGAGCGAGGGCCCCAGCGGGGUGGCCCAGGAGCAGGGGGACGGAGCUGGGGUGCCCCCGCAGCCCACACCCCUAGAUUUCGACCAGCUGCCUCUGCUCAAGUCGACGACCAGCCGGACGUACCACCGGCCCAAGCGGCACAAGGACCCGGGGCAGGGGGCUCCAGCUGCCCCCGUGAAGGACAGCAAGCCCGCUCCUGCCCCUGCCCCGGCCAACCCGAGCAGCAGUGGCGUGUCGGCGCCCCCUAGUGCCCCACCGCAGAAAGCUGCGGGAAGAGGCAGGGUGCGGGACUACACGGUGUUGCACCCGUCUUGCGUGUCUGUGUGCAAUGUCACCAUCCAGGACGCCAUCGAGCGCACAUCCGACGAGCUCACUAACACUGCCGCUCCCACUGACCUCGGAGAGGCCGGUACCUUCAGAAGAAAGACUGAUGCUGCACCUGCGAAGCCCACCAGGUUCAGGCCCACCCAGAGCAAGUCCAAGAAGGAGACCAAGCUGGAGUUCUUCGGCUUCGAGGAGAACGAGGGCCAGGAGGCGGCCGGCGAGGCCACGGCGUCCGGCAGCACCAGCUACAAGAUCAAGUACUUCGGCUUCGACGAGCUGAGCGAGAGCGACAGCGACGACGACGACGACGUCGCUGCGUCCAAGAAGGCCCGCAAGGCGGCCAACGCCGCGGCGGCCGCGGCGGCCAUGUCCUUCAGCGCCGACAGCCCACAGAUGACCGACUCGCAGGACAGCCAGUCCAGCACUAACACAGACUCCCUCGAGUUCGCUGAUGACUCCAUAUUGGCAGGCUCCGAGGGCCACAAGACCCGACAGGGCAAACAGUCGGACAAGUCCAAGGACAUCGGUCGCAAGAUCUUCAAGAAGUCUCCUGCGAAAGCUGUGUACAACGCCAGACACUGGAAUGAGCCUGAGGAACUGCCUCCGCCCGCUCCCACCCGCACCAUCUCUGCCCCAGCUAGCUUAUCAAGUGGCAGCGCCAGCGGUAGCAGCAGCAGUAGUAGCAGCAGCACCAGCGGCACCAGCAGCAGCAGCAGCAGCAAAGAGACCAAUUCUCACAAGGAUGAUGGGGUCUUCAAAGCCCCUCCCCCACCGCCCAAGGUCAUCAAGUCGGUCACCAUCCCCACCCAGCCCUAUCAGGACAUCGUCACGGCGCUCAAAUGCAGGAAGGAGCACAAGGAGCUGUAUACAGUGGUUCACAAUGUGAAGCACUUUAAUGACGUGGUGGAGUUCGGGGAGAAUCAGGAGUUCACCGACGACUUUGAGUACCUGGAGACGGGUCUGAAGAGUGGACAACCCCUCAACACACGAUGCCUUAGUAUCAUCAGCCUGGCCACCAGGUGCGCCAUGCCCGGCUUCCGAAUGCACCUGAGGGCGAGAGGAAAGGUAGCAUCGGUCUUCAAGAUGCUCAAUGACGCGCCACAACAUCCAAACCUAGCGCUGUGCACGGCGUCCCUGAUGUACAUCCUGAGUCGGGACCGCUUGAACAUGGACCUGGACCGGGCGUGUCUGGAGCUGAUGAUCCGGCUGCUGGAGCUGGAGCAGGACAACACGGUGGACGAUCAGCUGACGGCCAAGGAGAUGAGCAAGGUCAAGGAGAAGAUCCGCAAGCUCUGCGAGACCGUCCACAACAAGCAUCUGGACUUGGAGAACAUCACGUCGGGCCAUCUCGCCAUGGAGACGCUGCUGUCACUCACCUCUAAGAGGGCAGGAGAUUGGUUCAAAGAGGAGCUCCGCUUACUGGGGGGGCUGGACCACAUUGUGGAUAAAGUGAAAGAAUGCGUGCUGAGCUUAAAUCAGGAGGAGGACAAGGAGAUGCUGGUGGCCUCCCUAUGGGGUGCAGAGAGGUGUCUUCGUGUGCUGGAGAGUGUGACGGUACACAACCCUGAGAACCAGGCCUACCUGAUCGCCUACAAAGACUCCCAGCUCAUAGUGUCCGCCGCACGGGGCCUGAGGUACUGCGAGGACAUGAUCCAGCGCUACAGCCGGGAGGUCAACAGUUCCAUCGUCGCCUCGGGCUCAGCUCUGCCACACUGUAGCCAUAGCAACGUGGGCAAAGCCGUGGAGGACUGCAUGAGAGCGGUGAUUGGCGUGCUGCUUAACCUCACGCACGACAACGAAUGGGGCAGCACAAAGGCCGGUGAGCAGGAGGAGCUGCUGGUGACGGCGCUGCACUGUGUGCUGCGGGUGCCGCGCUACCUACCUCAGGAGCAGAGAUUUGACAUCCGAGUGCUGGGUCUUGGUCUGCUGAUAAACCUGGUGGAGUACAGCUCCAGGAACCGCCACUGUCUGAUGGAGAUGCACCUGGAGGUGGAGCUGGAGAUGGUGGCCCUCCCAGAGCCAGAGAAGGCAGGAGAGAAGGAGGCAGGAGGCAACACAACCAAGAUGGAGGAGCAGCAACAGCUAGAAAAAAGACCUGCCUCAGGGGCGCUGGCAGCACUGGUUCAUUUAUUCUUGGAACGGGAGAGGGCUGCCAUACUGGCCGAGGCGCAGACUGAUGAGGUCAUCAUCGAGGCGCCGAAGCCUCAGGACCAGAGCGGCGAGUGGAAGGAGACGUCGGGGGAGAUCCAGUGGGUGGCCUCCGAGACCAACGACAACGACGACAACAACAAGGACAAGGAAAAGAAGGAGGAAGAGGAGGAAGAGCUCGACUUCAACAAAGCUCUGCAGCAUGCUGGGAAACACAUGGAGGACAGCAUCGUAGCCUCCUACACCGCCCUCCUGUUGGGCUGUUUAUGUCAGGGCAGUCCGGCAAAUGUGACCACCGUCAGGGAGAACCUGCCUAAGGGGGACUUCUCCAUCAUGACGGAAAUGCUCAAGAAGUUCUUGAAUUUCAUGAACCUCACAUGUGCAGUGGGAACCACUGGGCAGAAGUCCAUCUCUCGGGUGAUCGACUAUCUGGAGCACUGCUAGCACGCCGGUUCAGAGAGUCACUCUCACCCCCCCCACCACCUCUCCUGUCUCUCUCCCUCCCUCCCUCUCUCUCUCUCUCUCUCUCUCUCUCUCACUCACACUGGGCAGUGUUGCCACCGACCGCUCACCACAGGGGUACCAGCGAUGCGGCGCCAGCUCUCCUGGCUCCCCUUGGUUACUGCUGCCGGGGCGAGCACCACCACGGCCAUCGAUGGGGCCUCACAUUGCAUCAGAAACUCAUGACUUGUGGUUCUUUUGUUUUUUUAGUUUGUUUUGUUUUUCACCCUUGUUUUAUUUUUGGCCCUAUCUUUAGUUUAGUAAGCCCCCUUUCCCCACCAUCACCAGUGUUGGUCAGACUUUCCCAACUGUUCUUUUCUCUCUUCCCCCCCCCCCCCCUUCUCUCUCUCUCUCUCUCUCUCUCUCUCUCUCUCUCUCUCUCUCUCUCUCUCUCUCCCUCUCUCUCCCUCUCUUUCUCUUGGUUUCUAUGGCUCCCCCUCUCCCAGCCGUGGGUUUCUAUCUCGUUCGAUCUUCUGCCACUCACCUGACAUCAGUACAGUAUGUCAGCCCACAACUGCUAUCGAUGAGACGCAUACAAAAGAAACAGGAAUUUCUUUUGUCUUUUGUGGGAUAUUUUUAAGAUUUGAAAUAUUAUUUAAUGUUUAUUUUAAUUGUGUGACCGUGUUAUUCCCUAUUUAUGCAUAUAUAUAUAGAUAUAUACAUUUUUUAUUUAGAUUAACCGUAAUAUCACCUCCCACGAACCAUAUAUGAGAUGUUCCCCCUCAUUCCAAAAGGUAUCACUCUUCAUUGCAAAGACUCAGUCAUGAAUUGAAUUCAGGCACAUAGACAUGUGCACGUCUUAAACUGCACAAAAGAACGUUACCUUGUGCGCUUUGGAACCAAAGCCUUGUCCUGUCCUUUCGGCAGAUGCUCCUCUAUUCUCUGUGCGGCUGUGAAAGGCCAUCGCUCUCCACUUAUUAACAACACUGCAGUUUCCUACAGGCUGGCAAGGCCACUCAUCUGCAGACUUGCGUCGCUUUGUUGAUGGGGGGCCAAUGAGCAGCUCCAAGAGAGUGUGUGUGUGUGUGUGUGUGAGAAAUAGAGAGAGAGUGGAGGGAGGUCUGGUUAAGUGGUCUCUUCAUCAGUGUAUGAUGCAAACUCUAAGAGAGCAUGACUGGAGUUCUCUCUCCCUCCCUCCCUCUCUCUCUCUCUCUCCCUCCUACCCAUCAGUGCCCUGCAGACAGGGACAGCCAGCAGACAGUGCUUAGACAUGCUUUUCUGCACCACUGAGCUCUCUAUUUCUUUCUCUCCCUGCCUACCUCCUCUCUCCCUUUCUCCCUCUCUCUCUCUCAUUUUUACUGAGCUCCUGACAGUGCGCCUCAUCCCAUGGCUACCUUUCAUCUGGCCGUUAUCCUUCCUCCCUCUUUCCCUCUGUUUUUAUCUGUCUCCUCUCACUCCCUCCAUCAAACCUUCCACCAGAGGGCCUCUGGCCUUAACUGCUUUUUGUUUCCCUCUGUACUAUGAGAUAUCCUGUCCAACUAGAUGAGGACAAAUGUUCCCUUUUCCUUUGAUAUGUCUGAAAGGUUCUCAGUUAUUUUUUCUCUGAUAGGUUAAAUGAUUUUGAGAUGGAAUGUGAUGAAUGCUUGAUUCGAAGGGAUGAUGGACCGAUUUGCUUAUCUAUUUUAGCCCUUCCCUCGUUUUGACCAGCUCAUGUCAAUCAUUGGGUAUAAUUAAAUAAUUUCCUAUCCAUCUUGCUUAUUGAGAAGGAUUUGUAUUAUUUGCUUUGGUUUUUCCCUUUAAAAAAUAUUUUUUAAAGAGUAUAGUCUUACAUGUAUCAUGAAUCAAGACUUUCUUGGACCAUUUUUUUGUUUUCGUUUUAUUGAUGGUCAUUUUAAUUUAAAUUCAUAUUUAAUUCUAAUUCUAAGCUAUUUGAAUGUUGCAGUUGGAUAUGUUGGCGUGAGACUCCGUUGUAAAUUGUCCAAAUGUUUUCAGGAGUGACCUUAAGUUAAGUCCCCGAUCCCCUUGCUGCCGUUAUCAAACUCAACAGAAAGAUUGAAUUGAUUGAUUGAGGAAAUAUGGAACGGGAAUACUAUUUUUUGGAACAUUUAGGGGUCAGUGUCAGACCUCCUAGAUAGUCCUUCACUGGCUUUCAAGACCAGACUUAAAAUGCUUCCCCGGCACUUGUACAAAGCAGAUGUUUCAGGAAGUUUGUGACUUUAAACACUGGGCAUAGAACUCUUUCCUUAAGCUAGCAGGUGAUAACAGAGCCAUAUUCUGUCACAAUAAUGUUUUAUUAUAUUUGUUACGGGCCCUCUGAUUUUUAUGCAGAUAUGAGCAUUGAGUAAUGUUUUAACCAGAGGUUCAAUUUUUUUCAAGCCUGAAAUGCGAGUGUGUAAAAAAACAAACAAACAAACAAAAAAACAAAACUAUGUAAAUGUACAUACCUCUGUAAAUAGUGGCUGUUGGAUGUUAGAACGCUAGACUACUUUUUCCUCUGAAUCUGAUAUUUUUGUUUUAUACUGUUUUCUCCUCUCAGUUGAGUUAUUUGAAGUAAAAGGGUAAAAAUACAGAAAAAGACAGCUGCAGGACAUAUAUAAAUAACUAUAUAUAAAAAUCCACAGUUUGUACCAGUUUCAUGAUGAAAAGAAAAUAACUGUCUUUGGUUACAUGUAAAUAAUUUUAAUUCGAAUAAAAAUUGCUACUUUCAGUA